GCAAACUUUUGAUGAAUCACUAAUCAUUCUGUGUUUUGUAAGACUUUUGUUAAGUUAUUACAGAUCUAAGAUCUCAGUUUGUAUUUUUGUCUUGAGCCCUCCAAGACCUGCAACCUGCGUGGCCAACAAGUCCCUGACUUGGGUUUUUCCCUGACAUAAUGUUCUUGAUGAUUUAGUAAUAACUCAUCACUGGACGCUAAAAAUUUCUAUCGAAUCCAUAGGUAACUUUUCCAGAUUUGCAGCUGAAGCUCAAGAAGAUGGCCGGGAUUGUGUAUCUGAGAACCAACAGAUUCGAGGUAAAACUCGAGGGAAUCGCAUUCAAAACCAAACAUUUCGAAUCAUUGUGCGCGAUGGAUUUCCUUUUCCCUCAAGGAAAGACUUGGGCUCAUCAACCUGUGGUUGGGAUUGAUGUUAUGCGACACCCUCGGGAUCCAAACAACAUCCUGCUGUUCUUGUGCUUUGGCGUGGGCUGCAUAAUUCUCAAAUUUAAUUCAGGGGAUGAGAUACCUGAUCCCAUCUUCAAGUUCUUCACGGAUCAAAGGAUUCGUUUUGUUGGUUUCGGGAUUCCUGAAAGUAAUGAUCUUUUUCCCCUCGAGGAAUUAGGAAUGACAAAGGAGAAGGCGGACAUUGGCUACCUUGCUGCCAAGAUUCUCGAUGACAAGAAAUACAAGAAAUGUGAAUUGGCGGUGCUAGCGCGCAAGAUUCUUCGUGUCAAGAACGUGAUUGGCCUAACACAAUCAUCGUCUUUCGAGAGGCAUGAACAGAUUAAAUCCGCAAUUUGCCAGCUUUUCAUAACCACAGCCAUUGGAAUGGCAUUGCUAGGUAAAUGUGACAGGAAGAAAUUUGCCGAGUCUCAAAAGAGAAGCACAUCGUUUCUCAAGAAUUUGAAUCACCUACCCCUUUUUACAGAAGGAUGGUUCAAAUUUCCCAAAACCAAGAAGGUACAAAAUAUGGAGAAAUGCCAUGAUGUUCCUGUAGAGACCACCAUCAUAGAUGGUUUUUCAGGAAAGGUACUUCUUAAUGAAAAUGUUGAUGAUGAUAGCUUUGAGGAAGAUCCAUUUCAUGGCAAGUCUGUUAAUAUUCCUUAUGGUGAUGAUGGCGAUGAUGAGGAAGAUAAUGAUCAUCGGUUUCACGCUAGACGGUUAAAGGGUUUUUUCGAUGAUGCUUUGAACUAUUUCAGACACAAAGAUAGUGCCAGUCCUGUUAAUAACUAUCAUUGCAGCAAAGAGGCAUGUGGUACACAAUCAAGACCACCUCUCAAAGGCAUCUUGAAGUCUCCAUCUAUGGCGCGAACAAUGGAAUGUCCUAAUAUGUUUCCAUCGAGGCCUGAUUCGUCGAGCUCUGAGGAAACGCUCAUGGCGAAGAGAACUUUGCGAAGGGCGAAUUCAAAGGGGUUCAAUGUGUCAUUCAAAGGGGUUGAUUUCUCGAACUGCGAUUUCAAACAUCUGGUGUAAGCAACCUUGUUCAGGUCUUCUAGGUUAAGCAUUGUUUUUUAAACUAGGAGUCAUGAUGAUGUUCAUUCAGUCAACUACUUUCUUUAUGAACUAGGUUGGAGUUGUACAUACAAUUGUAAGUGUGGUCUAAUUGCUGAUUGUCAAAUAAUAGAAUUGACAAAAUCCUUGUUGAAUUGAAGUUAGAAAUUUCUCCCUCGCUAUAGCAAAAAAGAUUACUUGGUUUCUUGUCCAUAGCUUUUGUGUUGUUAUUCAUGGAACUCUCUAUGAUGCGUUGCAACAUUAUGAAGUUUAUUGUCAACCUGUCUUUUAUUGAUCAUUAGUAUCAAACAUUCAAAUGUAGACCAGUUGUAGAAUUUGGU